AUGAAGGCUAGCAAGAAUCAGCACCGACGAGCUCGGAAAAAGGCUCAAAAGGCUCAGGUGAGCUUUCCACUCCUGGUAUCCAACCAGUCAACGUUGACUAACAUUUCUCCCAAGGCCACGAGCGCGCCCGCUAAGCAACCUCAGAAGGAAGAAUCAGACCCAAAUCUACAAAUUGCAGACACAAAUGAUGCUACGCCAGAAGCACCAAUCGCGAUCCUCCCAGCGCCUGGCGACCCUCUAUGGGAGAUGUACAAGGGCAUCAUCGAGAAGUUUAACGACACCGGAGACACAGACCCCACAAAAGAAGCCGAGAAACCUGAAGUGUAUUUUGAUGACGAGGACGAAAUUCCAGACGAGGAAAAUGCAAACGAAUCGAAUAUCUCAAAGAAGAAGCGAAAGGAGAUGAACAAGCUUUCUGUGGCCGAACUGAAAGCUAUGGUACAGAAGCCUGAAAUCGUGGAGUGGACGGAUACGUCUGCUCCUGAUCCAAAACUAUUGAUUCACCUUAAGGCGCAUCGAAACGUUGUUCCCGUUCCAUCACACUGGUCUCUGAAGCGCGAGUACCUCUCGUCCAAGCGCGGCGUCGAAAAAGCCCCUUUCGCCCUUCCGAAAUUUAUCCAGGAGACUGGUAUCUCAGAGAUGCGUGAUGCCGCGUUGGAUAAACAGGAGCAAUCUUCCCUUAAACAGAAACAACGCGAGAGAGUUCAACCAAAGAUGGGAAAACUGGAUAUCGACUAUCAAAAACUCUACGAGGCCUUCUUCCGCUUUCAAACCAAGCCUGAGCUUACCCGUUAUGGUGAAAUCUACUACGAGGGCAAGGAGUUCGAAACCAACCUGAAGCACCUUCGUCCGGGUGAUCUGAGCGAUGAGUUGAAGGAGGCCCUCAAUAUGCCUCCAGGCGCACCUCCCCCGUGGCUCAUCAGUCAGCAACGAUAUGGACCGCCGCCCUCAUACCCCGUACUGAAAAUCCCUGGCCUUAACGCGGCGCCUCCACCGGGUGGGAUGUGGGGUUAUCAUCCAGGAGGGUAUGGCAAGCCCCCCGUAGAUGAACACAACCGGCCACUCUACGGCGGCGACAUCUUCGGAAUCCUUCAGCCCCAACAGAAUGAUCAGCAAGGGGAGCCCGUUGAAAAGGAUCUCUGGGGAGAGUUACAAGAAUCUGAAGAAUCCGAGGAAGACAGUGAGGAAGAGGGGGACGAGGAAGAUGAAGAGGAAGAUGAUGAGAAUGAUGGCUCCAACGAGAUUCACUCGCCCAAUGACCUGGAUACUUCCAAUGACAUGGCACCGGCCGUCCCACCAGAGCUCGGGAGGACCGAGAAUAUCUCGGGAGAAUUUGAUGUUCGGAAACAUCACCGGGGGGCGGAGACCGAAGAAUCUCCCUAUCCACGGAGUGCUUACCAGGUGAUCCCAGAAAGGCAGACCAAUGUUCAAGGUUUCUUCGGAGGCGACCGAGCAUACGACCUCAGAUCAUCGUCUGGAAACCCACCUGUCUUGGGCGUGGACGACCAAAGCCGAAAGCGCAAAAAGCCUGGUGAUGUGGAGGUAUCUGUCGAUCUGGACGCGAUUCAAGCCGGAGAUGGUCUGAGCAAGGAGAAUGUUCACAACUUGUAUGAGGCGCAACGACAACAACAGAACCAGUCUCAGUGGGGCUUCCAGGAAGAUCUCAGCGACAUGAUCGCCCAGGAGAGCCGCAAGCGACUGCGCAAGGACGAAGAGCGGAAAGGCAAGCGCUAA